CUUUUAGGACCUUACCUUCUACUAUCGUUGGACGGACGGCGUGAAUUUUGAGACGCAGGCCUGUCCAGGAUGAAAAGUGUUCGGGUCGUGGUGGUGGGAGCAGGUGUGAUCGGCUUCUCCACUGCGGUGUGCAUCGCAGAGGCUCUUCCUUUCUGCUCAGUUACUCUGCUGGCUGAGAAGUUCAGUCCAGACACCACCAGUGAUGGAGCUGCUGGGAUCCUGUUUGCUGCAGAGUUUCCAGAUAUUCCCAUGGAAAGACAAAAACGCUGGUUCAAGUACAGCUUUGAUCACCUGUUGGCCAUUGCUCAAUCCAAACACUCACCGGAAGCUGGAGUAAUGCUGACCUCUGGCUGGCAAAUUUUCAGGGACAUUCCAGCCGAUAAGAAGCCCUUCUGGUCAGAGUUUGUUAUCGGCUUUCGAGUCAUGACUGACAGUGAAUUAAAAAGAUUUCCAGAUCACACGUUUGGCCAGGCGUUCACCACCAUAAAAUGUGAAUGUUCCAGCUACCUGCCGUGGCUCGAGAAGAGUUUCAGAAAAGCUGGAGGCCAAGUGGAACGGAGGAAACUCAACAGUCUAGAAGAAUUAAUCAACAGCUAUGAGAUCAUUGUCAACUGCUCUGGUCUGGGCUCCAAAACACUGGUGGGUGACAACAAGGUGUACCCGGUCAGAGGCCAGGUCCUCAAGGUGGAGGCCCCCUGGCUGAAGCACUUCAUCAGAGACGGAGACGGAAAGACCUACAUCUACCCUGGCAUACACAGCGUCACGGUGGGCGGCACCAGGCAGGAGGGGGACUGGCGACUACAAGCGGACGAAGGUGACACAAAAGGCAUCCUGGAGCGCUGCAGCGGGCUGGAGCCGUCCAUCAGCAAAGCUAAAGUUCUCAGCGAGUGGGUGGGUCUGAGGCCGGGCAGGAGGAACCCAAGGGUGGAGAAGGAGCUUGUGCAGCUGCAGGGUCGCAGGGUGCCUGUGGUCCACAACUAUGGCCACGGAGGCUGGGGAGUCACCCUCGCCUGGGGUACCGCCCUGGAUGCACUGGGACUGGUCAGGCAGUGCCUUCAUGAAAUGCCGCUACAGGCUAAUCUUUGAACUCAGUCUGCCACUAAAUCCUGCUUUUACUCUGUGCCCAUAACACUCACCUUACAAUAAUUAAACAGGGGGAAUUUAUGUAAAAAUAAUAAAUUUUGAUGAACAGUU